AUGCCUGCGGUCAUUCCUUUCCAAUUGACGCAGGCCGUAUUAUUGACUGUUGGAAGUCCAACUGCAUCUAUAGCCAAGAACACCACAAGAAAGGAACGUGCGUCGACUGCGCCACGACGUGUAAUAAAUGGUUGCGACCACCUAAGAGAGGAGAAGAUACGGUCUCUGGCAAGGCUUGUAGUGGCUGCUGAAGAUAGAAGCUGA